AUGUCAAAUGGAAAACCUUCGUCUAAAAUUCAGUUCUUUUUUAAUCAAACAAACGUUAAAAAAGUUUGGUUCUACAGAAAGGAAAAUGUCAUUGCAACGAAUUUCAAUAAGAUUCAACGAAGUUUUCGAGGCGCUGGUGACGGAAUGAAAGCGCCAGAUGAAUGUGAAACCACAAUUCUUUCCCAGUGUGUUGUAGGAAAGUGA